GCUCAAACACCGCCGCCGCCGAUUGCACCGCCAUCUACAGAGACACUGCCCAAUCAGCCAUCCAGUCGCCAUGGCGGACAGAUACUCCUUCUCGCUCACCACCUUCUCCCCCAGCGGAAAGCUGGUCCAGAUUGAAUAUGCUUUGAAUGCUGUCAACCAAGGUGUCACUUCACUGGGAAUCAAGGCCACCAAUGGCAUCGUGCUCGCAACCGAGAAGAAGUCGUCAUCACCGCUCAUCGACUCGCAAUCCUCGUCCAAGAUCAGCCUCAUAACGCCCAACCUCGGCAUGGUCUACUCAGGCAUGGGCCCCGACUACCGCGUCCUUGUCGACAAGGCCCGCAAGGUCUCGCACACUGGCUACAAGCGCGUCUACAACGAGUACCCACCCACACGGAUAUUAGUCCAGGAUGUGGCAAGGGUCAUGCAAGAGGCUACGCAGUCUGGUGGAGUCCGGCCGUACGGUGUGAGUCUGCUGAUUGCAGGAUGGGACGAUGGUAUCGAGCCCGAGGCCGAGGGCAAGAGCGACGAGCAGACGGGCGAGGAGAAGAAGAAGGUCAGCGGCAAGACUGGCGGCAUUCUCAAGGGCGGACCCAGUCUAUACCAGGUCGACCCCAGUGGCAGCUAUUUCCCAUGGAAAGCGACGGCGAUAGGAAAGAGCGCAACGAGCGCAAAGACAUUCUUGGAGAAGCGAUACACGGAUGGUCUGGAGCUCGAGGACGCUAUCCACAUUGCCCUCCUCACCCUCAAGGAGACGAUAGAAGGAGAGAUGAACGGCGAGACGGUUGAGAUUGGCAUUGUUGGGCCGCCAGAGGAGAGACUUCUUGGUGUAGAGGGCGUCGAAGGUGCUGUCGGUCCACGAUUCAGGAAGUUGAGUCCCUCUGAGGUCGAGGACUAUCUUACAAACCUGUAGAGAGCCACAGAUCAUGCGGUACUAUUCUGCUCGCAGGAGGCACAGAUGGCCUGGAUGCCUCACAAGAAAGGUGCCGAGUUACGACCGCAGGCAUGAAGCAAUUUAUGUAGCAUUCACGAAAAUGACGUCCUGGCAUGCCCACC